GUGUCGGUCCCAGUAUAGCGGCCUGAACCAGCGUCUGUGUCAGUCCCAGUACAGCGGCCAGAACCAGCGUCUGUGUCAGUCCCAGUACAGCGGCCAGAACCAGCGAGAGGCCGGCGGGGAGAGUCCACGGGCGCGGGUGACGUUCAAAAAGUAAACAAGUGAGAGUAACAGCUGUGAUCAGAUUGUGAACGUUCUGAGAAUGAAACCUUUGCAUUUCAACCUGGUGUUGAUGCUGAUUUUUGUCCAGUGUUUCGCUUCCAGUUGGAGUGAGGACAGCAAACCACCGAAUGUGUCUGCUCUUGCUGUUAUGGAACGGGCGGAAGAAAAUGUUGGAAAAGUAGAAGAAGCAAUAGUGGAGGAUGACUUGGACCCUGAAGACAUGGAGGUCUUUUAUCCAACUAAUGAAUGGCAAAUUGUUAAACCAGGUCAAGCAAUCCCGGCAGGGCUACAUGUUCGGUUAAACUUGGAGACUGGGACAAAUGAAGCAAAAAUCCUGGAUGACGAAAGAGGAAAUAGUGCACUGAAGCACUGGAAACAGGGAACAAGGCAGGGAAUGGUGAAUACAAACUCCAAAUCUUUCACAGCAGAGGAGCUGAAAAAGUCCUUGAAAUUUAUUAAACAAGACGGCAACAUAGAGAUGGAAGAGGACAACCAGGAGAAGGUGAUGGAACGCUUCCGUCCAAUAAAUGAGCUGAAGAAAGAUUUUGAAGCAAUGAACAUAAGGAUAGAGACUGACAUGGAAAUAAUUGAUAAACUUGUUGGCAAAUUCAACAGUACCAGUGCAACACUGAAGCAGAAAAUUGGGGCACUUUAUGACCUGGAAUAUUAUGUCCAUCAGGUGGACAAUGCCAGGCACCUGAUGUCCACCGGAGGGCUGCAACUUGUGAUCAAUGCCUUAAAUGCCAGUGAGCCUUUGAUUCAGGAACAUGCUGCCUUUGUCCUGGGAUCCACACUUUCUGGAAAUCCACAAGUUCAAAUUGCAGCAAUGGAAGCUGGAGCUUUGCAGAAAUUAUUAGUAUUGUUGGCUACUGAUCAUCCUGUGGCUAUAAAGAAAAAGGCACUUUUCGCAUUGUCAUCAACAUUACGCCACUUUCCCUUUGCACAGCAGCAGUUUCUGAAACUUGGGGGCCUGCAAGUACUACGGCAACUUUUUCAAGCAAGGAGAACAGAGUCCCUGCAUGUUCGAGUGAUAACCCUGCUCUACGAUAUGGCCUUGGAGAAGAAGCUCAUCCAAGAAAAUAAAGACAGCCAUACAAUGCACAAGGAGGAAAACCGGCAAUAUGAUGAGAUUAACUUGCUGCCACCCAUGCUGGAACAGGGCUGGUGUAUACUGCUUCCACAGCUCUUGACAUCUACUGAACAUGACACAAGAGAGAAGGUGUUCAAGACCAUGAGUCUUCUGAUGGCUGCCUGCAGGAACCAGUACCAAGCUUUGCAGGGGCUUAGUUCUUCGCUAAUUAUGCUCCGAUCUGAGUACGAGAACCUGGCUGCUGAAGAACUGAGAGAGGGGGAGCAAGAUGGUUAUUUCCUGGGACUUUUGAACUCUCUCAAUAGCAUUAUUGAGCAGCUGAGAUGAUUGGUAUUGGAGGUGCUUCGAACUUGAACUUUUCAAAACCAAAAGCUAUCGAGGCAAUAUUCUGAAACGUUUACUCCCUGCAGCUGAGGUCAAAAUGAAUAUUGGAUAUCUGUCAGGAUAAUACCGCUGUGCCUUUGUACAGUUGGGUUUGUUAUCUAUUGCCUGUUGUGUGCCUGACUAAGAGAUUAACGUAUAAUUUAUGUGGUAUUCUUGAAUAAAUUGACAAUCCAUUGAUGUGAAGAUUUUUACCUCACUUAAAAUCUGAUUUUUGACCCUCUACUCGAUAUAAUUACAGAAUCAGCAAAGGUAGUCUGCCAGAUCUGGAUGCUAUGGUUAUCAUCAGAUCUGUACUGUUCACAUUAUCUAUAUUGGUUAGUAAAGGUCACUGAAGUUGAAUGUUACUUUUGCUCUGUUUUCAAUGCUGACUGGUGUCUAAUUUCAAUUUAAUACUGUGUAUUAAUGUCUAAUCGGUUUCCGGAAAAUAGUGUUUCAGAAUGUUUUAGAAUUAGGCAAAUUCUGCAAUGUUAAUGUACAAUAUGCACCUUUUUUUAAAAUCGCUUUCCCCAAGUUUAUUUCAAAUGCCAAACUACUGAAAUCUAAUUUCCUCCACUGUCAUAGCAAUACAAAUUGGAAACAUCAGUCCAAUUAAUUUAUAUUCCACCCAAAAAACAUUUCAAUCUGAUAAUCUUAAUAAUUCUCUUUAAGAUUGAUAUUAGAACAGAAGGGCAUUUGUUUCAGCUGACCAAAAGAAGGAACCCCGUAGUAUGAUGUAUUUCCAUUUACAAAUCACUACAGCAAAUUCUAAAGACUUGCCUCUGAGUAAAGAAAUUUAUUGUUUAUAAACCAACUGGCCUAUUCUUUGUUUUGUGACUGAGUCCGUUCCAGAUUCCUUGUGUGGGGGUUGAAAUGUUGCUCUACUUGAUGAAACCACCAAAGUUGGAAAAACUCAGCAGGUCAGACAGCAUCUGUGGAAACUGUCAAUGUUGAAUCGGGGACUUUUCGUCUGAGCUGCUCAGUCAUGAAAUGUGGUCUGUUUUACAUUCUACACUGAUAAUGGUGCCAGAAAUGGCGGCCCCUACAUGUGUAAUGUAUGAAAAAAUAAUUUCACUGUCAAAUAAAGCACUAUUGAGAUGCAUCUACAGUC